UUAUUCUCACUGAUUUUGUUCCUUAUUAAAAUGUUUAUUGCGUUUCAAUUAUUGAUUCCAUGACAGUGUUCAAGUAUCAACCUACCAACUCCAAUUUCAAAAAUGCUUAAGUUCAGGAACAUGUGGUAGACGAAUAGUUGCUACAUUUCUCCAUCAAUUUCAACUUCUCCUCUAACAAUUAUAGACCAUUCCACCUUUUUCCUCAUCCUCACAUUCACAAGUAAGUUUAAGCCAUGUUCAACUUCCUCAAUAGAUUGUGCCUUGUAUGUUUUUGUCUCCUUUUGUUAUGCUUUGAUGUUUCUCUGUGUUUAUCUGAUUCACUAAGAGACUUCACUUCUUGUGUGCAUAGUCACAAAAUCAAAAACUUUACUACCUUCCCUUACAAUGAACAUGACAAAUCCUCAGUUAAUAAUUACUACCAAAUUCUCAAUUUUUCACUUCAAAACUUAAGGUAUGCAGAGCCUAAGAUUCCUAAGCCAAUAGCCAUUGUCCUCCCAGAGAGUUUGGACCAGCUGCAAAAAAGUGUAGCAUGUUCUAGAGAAGCCUCCCUAGAGAUCAGGGUAAGAGGUGGUGGCCAUAGCUAUGAAGGAACUUCCUCUGUUGCUGAUGAAGGGACCCUUUUUGUCAUCAUUGACAUGAUGAACUUAAACCACGUUUCGGUGGACAUGGAGACUGAGACAGCAUGGGUUGAAGGAGGUGCAACACUGGGAGAGACUUACUAUGCAAUCUCUCAAGCAAGUAGUGUGCAUGGAUUCUCAGCAGGGUCAAGUCCAACUGUUGGAGUUGGAGGGCACAUUGGUGGUGGUGGAGUUGGUUUGAUGUCAAGAAAAUAUGGUCUUGCGGCAGAUAAUGUGGUGGAUGCCCUUCUUGUUGAUGCCAAUGGACAAUUGUUAGACAAAGAAACCAUGGGAGAGGAUGUGUUUUGGGCUAUUAGAGGAGGAGGGGGUGGUCUCUGGGGGAUUGUCUAUGCUUGGAAAAUCAAAAUGUUGAAAGUGCCACAAGUUGUAACCAGUUUCAUUGUGUCUAGAACAGGCACAAAGAGUAAUGUAGCAAAGCUUGUGCACAAAUGGCAAUAUGUGGCACCCAACUUGGAAGAUGAGUUCUACUUGUCAUGCUUUGUUGGUGCUGGUCUGCCAGGAGCUAAAACUAUAGGCUUAUCAGCAUCAUUCAAUGGGUUAUAUCUUGGUUCUAGGGACAGUGCCAUAUCCAUCCUGAACCAUGCUUUUCCAGAAUUGGGUGUUGUGGAAGAAGAAUGCAGAGAACUGAGUUGGAUUGAGUCAAUGAUUUUCUUCUCUGGCUUAGGUGAUGGAGCCUUGGUUCCUGACUUGAAGAACAGGUAUCUGCAAAAUAAACCUUUUUUGAAGUCCAAAUCAGAUUUUGUGAGGAACCAUGUCCCUCUUGUAGGCAUAGGAACUGCACUGGACAUCCUUGAAAAGGAGCCUAGAGGGUUUGUUCUUUUGGAACCUUAUGGUGGGGGGAUGGAUAGUAUAUGCAGUGAGUCCAUUGCUUUUCCACACAGAUCAGGAAACCUUUUUUCAAUUCUGUAUAUGAUCGAUUGGAAUGAAGCUGACAAUGACAAAAGCAGUGAUUACAUUGAUUGGAUAAGAGGAUUAUAUGCUUCUAUGACUCCUUUUGUUUCAUCAGGUCCAAGGGCUGCAUAUGUUAAUUACAUGGAUUUUGACCUUGGAGUGAUGGAGAAGAUUAGCAAUGUUGCUAGUCCAAGAGAUGCAGUUGAUAAAGCUAAGGUUUGGGGUGAAAAGUACUUUUUGAGUAAUUACUACAGAUUGGUGAGGGCCAAGACUCAGAUUGAUCCUAGCAAUGUUUUCACCAAUGAACAAGGCAUUCCUCCUAUGCCGUUUACCAGUUCCAAUGCCAAACCUCAGUGUACAUGAAUGAAUGAUGCUACAUUUGUAAAAGAGUCUACCUUGUUCAUUUGAAUAAUGUGAUAUCACUGGUUAUGUUAUGUGCAUCUAUAAGAAAAAUGCAUUUCAUUUUA